AUGGAUUCUCGAAGACUCACAGCGGCUGAGAAGGGGAAAGGGCCCUUACAGCCAGACCACCAACAACCUCGCAAGCGUAUCAGAGCACCGGAGAUUGAUACUUCUGCCCUCAUUAUGGAGAACAACCUAACUCUUAUAGGUCGCAUAUCAAACCCUAGAGAACAACCCAUUGGAGCUCUUAUCUCCUCGCUCCCUAGGAAGUGGAGCCUCAAGGGUACGGUUGUAGGUUCUGACUUAGGCCAAAAUUGCUUCCAGUUUAGAUUCGAACUAGAGGAAGAUCUACUCAAUGUUUUGGCCAACAGACCUUAUCAUUACGCACACUGGAUGCUCAUGAUUCAAAGAUGGGAACCUACCUUGUCCCCUCUGUUUCCAUCUCAGAUUCCUUUCUGGAUCCGCCUCCAUGGCCUGCCCCUUCACUACUGGCAUGAGAAAAUGAUCUAUAACAUAGGUCAGGAUCUGGGAAUACUUGAAGACUACCACAUCUCUAAGACAUCUGCAAGGAUGAGAGUGUCGAUAGAUGGUUUUAAACCCAUUAUUAAAGAUGCUAUAAUCGAGUUUGGUUCAGGGGAAGAACUACCAGUUACUUUGGCAUACGAUGGUCUAGAAAAUCAUUGCUCUCACUGCAACCAUCUAGAUCAUGAAGUUCGCCGCUGCCCCCUGCUGAUAAGCGCUAAGACUGAUGACAUUCUAGCUUCUCCGAGCAAAGGCCCUGAACACCAACACCACCAACGCUCCUCUCCCUCUGUUAGGGGAGUAAGGAACAACUACGAGAACCCCCCAGCUAGACAGCAACUCCCUCCUACUCAGAGCUCAGAUUUCAGUAGUCGUGUUGAUAGACACGGCAGACCUUUUGGUGAAAGAGCACCUGUUGUUCCCCCUAGAGGCCAACCGCUGAGGAACAAAGUUACUCCCCAUUUCCCUCACACUGCAGGAACCAAUGUAGAUCACAUCUCCUACCAAUCCAGGCACGAUCGCAACCAUGGAACUAUGGAGCAACACCCGGGAGGACAACAGCAGGCUAGGGGAAACCCCAUAAGACACGACUCGAGACCCCAAUGGAGAGUGCGACGGGUUGAAUCACCUCCCCCCCCGACUAAGGUUGUUCUCCCCCCACCACCAUUGCAGACUUCGGAACACCCCCCCCCCCCCCCUGGUACGAAAUCUUGCGGUAUGUGA